AUGUCAGGUGAAAUUAGUCACGACAUUAUGCAAUGCAGAGCAUCAUUUUGUCCAUACGCGUGUUAUAAAGAUCCACGGAGGAACCAAUCAGCAACUACAGCUAGUAAAUCCAGAGCCGAUUUGUUCAACAAGGGUGGAGGUCCACGUUAUCCAUAUCCGAAGGAAGUUUGGUCCCCAGCUGGUGGUUGGUGGAGUCGACCAGCAAACUGGAAAUCUAAUACCGCAAUCAUUGGGACAGGAAUGUUGAUGAUCUGUGCCCUCACUUGGAAAAUAUCGGCCGAAAAAGAGGUACGUUAUAGACCACCUAGAAAAUGGAUUCCUUCAAUGAUGUGGUCAAAACAAUUUACAGAGGGAGAAUACAAAGAUAUGAAAUUCGACGAAGAUUACAUUAAGAAAUAG